UAAAGGCAGUGAUUGGUUAGAGCUGUUAGUUUUCAUAAUGUCAUUGGCGGUGGAUGAUACAGCAGGUGACCUCCCUGUGAGGGACGUGGGCUUGAGAGCAGGACUGAUGACUGUUCUCACAGACACAGAUCAAGAUGCCAGAAGCUGGAGAAGACCACCACAGGUGCUCAAGAUAAAGGAUCGUCAGCGACUGUUCAGAGUACCACGCGAGCAUCUGGAAGACCAGUGUUUCCGUCUACAGGAGGAGAACACACUUCUCAAACAACACUGCCGCACACAAGACCAAAAACUACGCAGGUUAUCAACUAAACUGCUGCGAUUAAAGCACGGACAUUCGUCUGCGGGGAGGGAUGGAGAGCUGGAGGACACCAUUCAAGAGCUAGAGGCUCGUGUAGCGACUCUAGAAAGCCAGAAGGGGACGCUACAGAGUAAACUAAAUAUAGCCAAGCAGCACAUCUUAGACCUGGGUAUCAGAACACAUAAUAGGCCACGAACAGGGCGAGGUGUGGAUGGAGAUGGAGGUGUCAGACGAGCUGCCCAAACCGCUCCUGCCCGCUGUGGAAUCAGUUCACUGGACGAUACUAGAGGAGAGAUAGACAGAUUCAGAUCUACCAUCAUAGAAACCCAGCAAGGGAGGGUGGCAGAACAGGAGCUGAGUACUCAGUCUCUUAGAGAAAUGUUCAGAGAAAAAGAGAAAGAAAUUGAGGGUAUUAUGAAAGACCUACGCAAGCAACAAGCCGAUGGACACAGACUCACUAUAAAAGAUAAUGUGGAUGUGAUCAGACUGCAGAAGCAGCUCUCUGAAAAGAGCUCCGCCCUUCUGGUCAAUCAGGAAAAGUUUCUCUCUCUUCAGGAGGCUUUCGAGAACCAGCUGGAGGAGGGCCAAAGGUCUCUAAAAGAGAGCCAAGUAGCACUGCUGGAGAAGGUGGAGGACCUGAGCGAGCAGCUGAAACAGGAGAAGCAGCGAGUGCUAACACUCGAGGGCCAGCUCAACACUGCCACACUUUCACUGCAAGCUCUGGGGGAGCUUCAGGAGAGGGUUUCAGAUCUGGAAGAGGAGAGGAUCCUCUUGAAGAAGAGCUAUGAUUCACUUCUGGAGAGCACUAUGUCUGCCCAAAGCCAUCAAGAAGGAAAACAUGAGGAACAAGAGAAACCAAGGGAAUCAUUGAGAGAAGAUAUGUGGAGAGAGGAGGUACAGAAGCUUGAAGAAAGACUGGUGGAAGAAAGGAGAGAAAAGAUAAUGCUGGAGGAGGAGAAGGAACAGAUGAGACUUGAGAAUGAUCGAGUUCAGAAGGAGAAUGAGCGAGAUAGAGAUAUGGUUCUGUUCCUCAGAGAAAAACAUGACUGCUUGGAGCAAGAAGUCCUGCAGCAAAGGCAGGAGGUCACAUCUUUGCAAGACAAACUGGACUCUGUUACAAAAGAGUUUGAUAUGAGUGUGGAAGAUCUGAGUGAGACUCUGCUGCAGAUUAAGGCCUUCAGAAUGCAGCAGGAGACUCAAGGGGUGAUGUGUUUCUUGAAAACGGAUGGAAAGUUAGAAGACACAACAAGGGAUUUGAAUGCAGUACAAGCCUCAUAUGCAGAAACUGUUUUAGAACUCCAGAAAACUAGGGACUUAUUAUUAUUGCAGCAUCGGCUAAAUGCUGACCUCCAGAAUGAGAUGAAGACAGUUAUGGAGAAGUCUGAAAGAGAGAGGGAGGAGAAUAGAAGGAGGGGAAGUGAAAAAGACAAAUUGUUGAAAAGCAGAGGCCUUCAAAUCAGCAAUUUACAAGCUCAACUCAAAGAGUUAGUGUACAGCCCUAGAAACAAUAAGCGGACCAUACCCAUGCAGUACACCUGGCCAGGCCUGGCACAAGAGUCAGUCCAGCUCACAGCAGAGGGCGCCAUAGUCACACAUCUGCGUGGAGGAGAAUCUCUUCUGGAGAUCCAUCUCACAGGAGCCACCUUUACACCACUGGGACUGAGACUCAUGGGACAAAACACAGGAGAUCACCAAGGGGUUGCGACCUUUUGCACCUAUGGCUUUCUUGACUUUGAAACCCUCUCAACUCCAUUAAUGUCAGGUUGUCAGCCAAAUUAUGGCUUUACGUCGCAUUACGCCCUCUCUGCCUUCGACCUGGAGAAGCUCAGGAUUCAGGAAGGGUCCAUCAUUGUUGAACUGCACCAAGCACUCGGAGGGGUACAAUUUAUAACCCGUGGGAGAGCGGGGAUCACUCUGAUGGGAGCGCUACAGUGCAGAGGGGAACGAAUGAAGAACAGAACCAACAUCACAGGAGCGGAAGGAGAAGUUAUAGGAAUCCUUGAGUUUUGGGUGUGUUUACACCCUCAGGUGGAACUCCCAGAACCUCAAAUGGAAAGACCCAGAAGCAGAACAGCUGUAAAACACACCAGAGGUUUGGAAUGGGCUCAUGGGGAAACAGAGGAGAUGUAUGAUUACGGCGUAGGGAUACCCAAUGAGCUAGAGGUGGUACUGGAGCGCUGUGUGGGUCUCAGUACCCGCUGGCCAGGACUACUCCCUGAUGCAUACUUAAUGUAUCGCCUUUAUGACCUACCACCUCAUUCUACACCCAUAAUUCAGUGCUGCGUGGAUCCUGUUUUUGAAGACUCGGCAAGCUAUCCGUUAGCUGUUACCGCGGAUGUAUUAGAAUACCUGAAUGUGGGCAGUCUGUGGGUGUAUGUGUAUGAUGACAGCGAAAGUCAGACUCCUCCCACUUAUUUGGCAAAGACACCAAUUCCACUACGAGCCCUUGCUGUUGGCAGGCCAAUCAGAGGUGAUUAUGUGCUUAGAGACCCUGCUGGCAGUCCUAGAGGAAUGGUAAGGGUUACUCUCAGGUGGAAGUACCCCUUUCAGUCACCCAAGACUCCAUCAAGGCAAAGAGAAGGAGCAGAGAAAGAGAGAAUGGUGCUGAGCGCUGAGGUGUCACAGAGACCGAUUGCAAAGCCCAGGUCUCAGCUUCGGCCUUCAGCAGACCAUGGAGCCAAGACCUCUGACAUUCACCCAUCCACACCCGUUAGAAUCCCUCAAAGAGGUUCGACCUUACCCCUUCAGUCUCCAACCAUUCUGGUAUCUGAACCGACUUCGAAUCAUCGAAAACCUCUAUCUAGUGCAGGUCAACCAUCAAGGUCAGUUAGAAGGAAGCAACAAAGCACUGCAUCAUUGCACAUUCAGGACCAAGUCAAACCCCAAACCCCUACCAUGUCUAUUAAGUCAACUGAGUCCAAUCAAUUUAUGGACUUUAGAGCAUCGAACUCAGAGCUGAGCACCCCUCGUAGACAAAGGAGACAUGGAAGACAUUCAGCACAGCAAAUCAAAAUGGAGGAGCAGGAUCAGGAAGAUGAAGAACAAGAGGAUGAAACAGAUAGAACUCAAAGUGACGUGGAUGCCCUUCAGUCUGAUGAAUCAAGAGAUUCAAAUGGAAGUGACGUCAUCAUAAUUCCUCACCCUCCAAAACCACGUAAAAAGGGAGACAGACUCCGAGUGGAAAUCCUUUCACUCUCUUUUAACCCCUCUUCCAGUGUUGCACUUGACUAUUCAGUGCACCAGGUGUAUGUGGAAUACCGCCUUCUAGGUAUUCCUAUGGAGACGACAGAAACGCCCAUGUCCCUUCGUAAACCAACAGACGGGGAGGAAAUACACUAUAACUUUACACGAGUUAUUCAUGUGGAUUCAUUGGAAGCAGCUCCUCUGAGACAUUACCUCUACACCAUGCUGGAAGGCACUGACCCCAACCAGGGCAGGUUAAAGUUCACAGUAGUAAGUGAGCCCAUGAAUGAGCAAGAAGAAUGUGAAGAUGUCGGCUAUGCCCACUUGGAUUUACGAGAACUUCUUCUGACUGGAAAUGAUGUAAUUGAAGAACAGAUUGAUGUUGUCAGCGCAGAUGAAGAGCAGGAUGUGGUUGGAAAGCUGAAAGUGUCUGUUGAGGCCGCACAGGCUCUGACUGGAAUCUAUCAGGAAUAUCAUCAGAUUGUAAAGAGGGAUAAAAGAGAAACCAAAAACAGCACAGAGGAGGAGGAGAAAGGAGUGACACAGAAGAACGACGAGUUGCAUGUGCUCGAUUUUGAAGUUGAUGAAGACAGUGAUUUUUAUUGAAACUUACAGGCCGAGGUUCUGCUCAAACUAGGCCAGAUUAUAAGGAACACCCAACACAGUCUCAUGAAGAUGCGUAUCUAUACCACGAUUGUCAUUUCUCGUGGCAUUUAUACGCCAAA